AUGACGGUGAACAGCAAGCUCCCCUACAAAGUGGCCGACAUGGGACAGGCGGAAUUCGGAAGAAAAGAAAUCAUCAUGGCCGAGAAUGAGAUGCCCGGAUUGAUGGCCAUGAGGAAGAAAUACGGACCGACGAAGCCACUCAAGGGUGCUAAGAUCGCUGGUUGCCUUCACAUGACUAUCCAAACGGCCGUCCUCAUCGAGACUUUGAUCGAGCUCGGCGCCGAGGUGCAAUGGUCAUCGUGCAACAUUUUCUCAACACAAGAUCACGCCGCUGCAGCUAUCGCUGCUGCUGGAAUCCCCGUUUACGCGUGGAAGGGAGAGACUGAUGAGGAGUAUGAGUGGUGCAUUGAGCAGACGCUCGUCUUCGCCGACGGACAACCAUUGAACAUGAUCCUCGAUGAUGGUGGUGAUCUCACGAAUAUCGUCCAUCAGAAAUACCCACAAUACUUGCCUGCAAUUCGCGGACUCUCCGAGGAGACCACCACCGGAGUCCACAAUUUGGCCAAGAUGUUGGAGAAGGGAGAUUUGAAGGUCCCAGCCAUCAACGUGAACGACUCGGUGACGAAAUCGAAAUUUGACAAUCUCUACGGGAUUCGCGAGUCAUUGAUCGAUGGAAUCAAGCGCGCCACCGAUGUGAUGUUGGCCGGAAAAGUGUCCGUCGUUUGCGGAUACGGAGAUGUCGGAAAGGGGUCGGCCGCCUCGUUGAAAGCUUUCGGAUCUCGGGUCAUUGUCACCGAAAUCGACCCAAUCAAUGCUUUGCAGGCUGCCAUGGAAGGUUACGAGGUGACCACAUUGGAGGAGGCUGCCCCAAAGGCGAACAUCAUUGUGACAACCACCGGUUGCAAGGGAAUCGUUCGCGGUGAACACUUCGAGCAACUCCCCGAUGAUGCUAUUGUUUGCAAUGUGGGACACUUCGAUUGUGAGAUCGAUGUGAAAUGGUUGAACGCGAAUGCUGCCAAGAAGGACACCAUCAAGCCACAGGUUGAUCGUUACUUGAUGAAGAAUGGUCGCCACGUCAUUUUGCUCGCCGAGGGACGUCUCUGCAAUUUGGGAUGCGCCACCGGACAUCCAUCAUUCGUCAUGUCGAACUCGUUCACAAACCAGGUUCUCGCCCAAAUCGAGCUGUGGACGAAGCACGGAACCGCCGAACAGUACAAAGUUGGACUCUACGUUUUGCCAAAGACGCUCGACGAGGAGGUUGCUCGUCUCCAUCUCGACAAGCUGGGUGUGAAGUUGACAAAGCUGACCGCCGAUCAAUCCGAAUACCUUGGAGUGCCACCGAGCGGACCAUACAAACCAGAUCAUUAUCGUUAU